GCAUCUGGGAUGGCAUGAGGGUGAGUAAAUUAUGACAGUUUUUUCAUUUUUGGGUGAACCCCAGCAUUUAUUAAUCUUGGGCAGUGUUAAUUUAUAAAAAUACAGUGUUCAUUGUUCAAAUGUAUUAGUAGGAUAUGUGUUAAAAUUAACAUUAAUGCUGUAGAAGUAGACUAUUCAUUAUUCGUUCUUGUUAACUAAUGUAAUUAACUAUGUUAAUGAAUACAACCUUAUUGUGAAGCGUUACCAAAAACAUGUAUGCAACAAACUGAUUUGACCACUCGAAUCCAUUGAAAAGAACAAUUACACAAAGCUUACUGUGUAACCGGUGUUGGGUAAAUUACCCCAAAAUAAGUAAUCCUCUACAAAUUACUUACUGUAAAAUUAUAAUCAGGUUACUAAUAAUUACUUAAAUGAAAAUGUAAUCAAAUGAUUAAUUACUUUACUUUUAAGUUACUUUCUAAAAAACUUCUCACAAACAGUUUUUGGUUUUUCCGUUCAACAAAUUCAAAAUAAUAUCUAUUUUCUCCUUGUUCAUUGUUGCACACCCUUCAGUUGUCACAGAAACGUAAACAGACGUACAUAUGAAUUCGCAUUUUAAUUGUAUUACACAUCAUAUUUUUUUAGAUAUAUUUAUAACACCAAAUGUACUUAAAUGUAAUUAUUUGAAAGUCAAUAACUGUAAUCUGAUUACAAGAAUUUAAAAUGUAAUUCGUUACACUACUUUUUGGGCCUAAAAGUAGUUAGAUUACAGUAACUAAUUGCUUUGUAAUCCAGUUACACCCAGCACUGUGUAACAAAUGAAAUUUCGCACACUCUUGACUCCCCUAUAAUCUUCUAUAUAAUUAAUAACCUGGUUAAAAAUAACCUGGCACUUGCAGGGGUGUUUUCUGAAAUAAAGGCCGAUGGGAUGAGAGAAUUUUUCUCGGACCGAGCAACCUGGUUUUCUCUCUGUUUAGCCGCCUCCCAUCAUCAUGACAUCAACACUGCGGAGCGGAGAGACCCGCCGCACAGACUCUGCAGAACGCCAGUGCGCAAAGAGGAUUGUGUGGUAUUGGUGAGUAAUUGGUGAACUGCGGGAUGUCGCUGUACGCGUCUCAGAUUAAAGCGUUUAAGAGGGCAGAGCCGAAGACGCUUGGCGCUGUUGAGAUCAUAAUUGGAGUGUUGACUGUCAUUUUGAGCACAAUUGUGUAUAAGCUACACUAUCAUAUCCAGCGUGAAAUUAUCAUACUCAUCAUCAAUGGUGCACAGCUUGUCAUAACCGGCAUUGUCCUGGUGCACACUGGGAGGAAGCCUUCUAAAUAUCUGGUGCUGACAACCAUUGUUCUGCAAUUACUAACAGCAGCAUUUGAUAUUGUUGGAUUUGGGCUCAUGGCCAGACACAUCCCAUUCAGGGGCGAGUCGUACUACUACAGAGACACGGAGUGGUGUUGUGACCCACUUCACUCUGUUUGGGCUUGCUGUGGAGAAGGAGAGAGAGGGGGACAGAAAGAGUUCUUAGUGAAUGGAAUCUUGGGGACACUGAUCGGUUUCCUGGUGCUAGCAUGUAUCAUUGGUUUGGUUGUGUCUCUCUUUGGAGUUUACUCCCUUUCUGUUAGUGCCAUUAAGGAGAUGACACCCAUCCCUCACUCUACAACAAACCAACAUUAUGGUGUUGCCAUUCAGAACCAGAAUUCAAUCCAUGCUGGAAACUGACAGAAUAAGAGAUGAUAAAAGCAGAAGGGCGCAGUUUUAGCACAGUUUUACACCAAAUGCAAAAGAGGACUGUUUCACCUACAAACAACCACUCACAGGUAAACAACAACAACAACAACUACACACACACGCAAAAAAAAAAAAAAAAAAAAUACUUUUGUGAAAUUGUAAAUAUUUUUUGGAAUUAAAAUGGAAAUGUCGUUUUUGCUUGGCUGUUGCUCUCACAGGCUUUAGGACCGCUGUACUUUUGAAUGCUCAACAUAGUAGUUGUUUGAACCUCAAUCGUUUUUCUCUAAUAACCUUAAGCUUCUUAGCAUGAAAUGCUAAUCAAAUGUCUACCCAGAAUCAUUGACCAGAAUCGAUGUAUGUUAGAGGAGGAAAUGUGUUUGUCUUCCUGAGAAUAUGUAUAAUUCUGCAUUAGGUACAUUAAGUACUGACCAGAAGAAAAAAAAAAGUAUUAACAUGAAUAUAAACGGUAAGAAGGUUAUGUAAUUCCCUCUUGUUUUUGUACCUUGCAUUUGGUGCCAUCUUUCGCAUGAAUCUUUAUAUCGAUAUGUUUGUUUCAGCCACAUGAGGACAUGCAGGGCGACAUUUAUCAAGUUUCUAUUUCUUAAUGCAAAUCUGACAUCAUAAUCUAAAAAUGAAAGCUUUAUUUGCUUAUAUAAAGUAAAUAAUAAAAGAUUUAAACAAAAAUAAAAGGCUUGAUAAAUGUGGCCCAUGUUCAGUGAAAUCCCUCUAGAGCCGAGUAGUCUGAAUUUCAACACCAGUUAAAAACUAAACAGCAUUGCUAGACUUUUUUGUCAUCUCGUUUUAUCCGUACUGAUUCUUCAGGAAAGCUAUGAUGACUGCCAACUUUGUAAGUGCCACCACCUGUGACCAAAAUCAUGGACACCCUAAUGACUAAAGGUCAGAGGUUGAACCCUCAGCCAAGGGCUCGACAUUGAUGAUAUAAAAUCCUUUUGUGGAAGCAUGUGUUGUUCAUUCUGUGUCAGUAGAUCUCUGUCUUUCGACAGCAUGUGAGAUUUACAUUGUGCCUGUUGUCAGUGACCUCUUGACCUGUAGUAACAUGAAAAGUAGUAUGUAGCAACAUGGCUGUGUUUAUGUUUGUAUGUGACUCAACAAUAUUUCAAAUAAACUUGAUUUAAU